AUGUGGCUGCAGCACGAUGGUUGCCCCGCCCAUUACGCCCGUAGCGUUCGAGACUAUCUCGACGAAAUGUAUCCCAGAAGAUGGAUCGGGCGAUUAGGGAAAAUUUUGUGGCCCCCACGAUCACCGGACCUUAACUCACUCGACUUUUUUUACUGGGGAUGCCUCAAAGAGAAGGUCUACAAAGAUCUUAUUACCUCAGUGGACCAGCUACGGAAGCGUGUGCAAAUGGCUGCACAAAAAAUUACUGAAAUAAGACAUGCAAGCAAAAUAAAGCGAUCAUUCAUUAGAAGGUGUAGAGCAUUUAUUAGAGCUCAUGGUGGCCACUUUGAACACGUUUUGUAA